AUGUUUCGCCCGCCUAGCGCCGCCGCUGCCGCCGCCGCCGCCGCGCGCGCCAGUCCGCUUCGACCCUGCCGCGCGGACGGGCCGGUCGGUCGCAUCGUCGUCGUCACCGCCGCCGCAGCCGCUGCCGCAGUCACCGCGCUGCCCUGGAAGCGAACUCUGGCCUGGCCCACCCCGCCACGCCCCGCGCCACUCAGCUCGUCCCUCCACGCCGUCGGCCGCGUAAAUGAAACAUUCCUUAUAAGACAACAUCAAGUGUACUGGACACUAUCACAUGUGGUAAAAUGCAAUGAGCUCAUGAGAAGAGAGGUUGUAAUGCUCACUGCCCGCCGUAUUGCGGUUGAUGCAGAAGCUUUUAAUCGGCUCUGGCUUGCGACAUUAGAAACAGUAACAGCUGCGAGGCUGCCGCCCCCGCGCGCCUUGCAGCAGCCGCAGUGUCCUCUGGAGCCUGCCCAAGAAGUCUGCCCCGCUCCUCGUCCUUUCGUGUCUCUUCCGAAGCCCAUUUCGUACCGGUUCUUGGCGGAACGAAUUUACGCGCUCAUGUGGUCUAUUCAAAAGGGAUUCUGGAAGAGACAAGUGUUAGAGUCUCUCCCCUCUGCCUGGUCCUUUCCCGCGAUGCCGGCGCGCUUGCGGGAGAGGGGGGGAGAGACAAGGUCCCGUCUGACGCAGAGCUGCCGCCGCCGACCUGCAGCAGCCCGCGUGUCCUCUGGAGGCCAUGCCAAGAAGUUCUGCCCGCUCAUCGUCCAUUCGUGUCUCUUCCGAGCCUUUCGUACAGGUUCUGGCGACACGAAUUACGCGCUCGUGUUAGACCUGCUAAACAUGGGUAUUGCGGUUUUUAUGCGCUUGUCACGGGUGGUAGCAAUUAGUACAAGAAUUAAUAUCUCAGGUUCAUCAUUUGGCAGCACUGAAUGGCAUCUUGAACUACCUUUAAUCCUUAUUAUCCAUGAGGAGAACUUAGUGAUCAUUUCGGACGUCGUCUCCACUCAAGGUUUGCCAAAUCUGCUCCAUCAAGGCUGUGGAAUUGGAAUGGAAGGUCUCCACGUGGAAGUCGCAUUGUCUGCAAGGUUAGCGACCACAAUAUUCUUUUUAACUUUUGGAGCAUUGAGAGGAAAAUCAUUGAAAUUACUUCAACAACGAUUCCGAGUGUUCGAUUGUCAAAACAACCAUUAUCCUGCAGGAUGGCAACACUGGGCCGCUAGUCGCCCGGAGCCAGUGCCGACUGUGCCCUUCACCUCCCCUCCCAUUUCUACCACCCGGCGCACAAAGGUCGUAAACACGCACCGCGCUGGGGGAAUAAUCCUGCAAGUCGUUUUGGAAAUGAAUAUAUUAGAAGGCAGCUACGCGGGAUCAUCGUCGAAGUAUCUCUACAGUCUUUUGUGCAAACUUGUUGAAAGGAAGCCGAAGGGUUCUUGGGUCUUUGUGUUCGGCAUGCCACACCUUUAUAUUCAAUACUUUUUUCCAGGACGCUGUUGCGUCUCAACACUGCAGAAGGCAACAGUUUUUACUUUGAAAACAUUUGUGUAUUUCGUGGCUAGUCUCACAACUGCCCUGUUUCUCUUUAUAACUUCUCACGUGCCUGAAGUAUGGUACGGGAGUUCAUGUGCUCCGAGGAAUUUGGCAGAUGCAUUAAGCACACAAAGAGCAUCCGGCACAGGAAUUCUCACUUCAAAACUAGCUAGUGUCGAAAAUCUUGCACGCUUUCGGGAAUGCGAACCUAAGGGCACCCGUUUGAGAAGCGGCAACUGCGCAGUGAAAUCAGUUGAUUCGCCGGUGCCACCUACGACGUCAUAG